AUGAUCAGCGCUGGCAUGGCACCCUGCGAGGAUGGCAACCCCACGAAACUCUACGCACCACGCGACUAUUCCGGGAGCUACUGUGGAGUGGAUAGCAACUGGCAGACGGGCUAUGACCUGAAUGGAUUUUCAUCUUUGGGCUUCACCAUGAACGUCACGUCCACCACAGACAUGAUCGUGAAGGAGUUGAUUUGUUCCAACGCUGCUCGGGAUGCCCUCAUGGGUCUGUUGACCACCACUGAAGCUCAGCAGGAAUAUUUGUGCACCUGCUGCCUCAGCGCCUGCAGCCGUUGCACCGGGGCCUAUAAAGUGCAGAAGCUGGACAGCAGCAACGUCCAAGAAAUUAUUUCAGGCAAGAUGAGCGAAUUCCAGGGUUCCGCCAGCACACUCUUCAAUGCCAAGGGGAUGAACGGUGACUACUUCACAGAGAUUUGGAGUGAAGCUGCCAAGUACUUCAACAUGGUAUGCCUGCCAGAUUGCACUGUGACCUAUAACUCCCUCAACACCACUUACAGAACCUGGACCUACACGAUGGCAGCCGACGACCCCUUUCAGCCGUACUGGUCCCUGCUCAACACUUCUGGCCCUGCGGUGAUCAAGGACACCAUUACGAACUCCUUCACUUUCAAAGCCUUUCCCACAAGCAUUUGUCCUUACGCUGCGUCGAAGUGCGUCCCAAUGCCGGGGGUGGAAUUUUCAGAGAUCAUGCCUGGAUAUUGCAGCCUGGAAGUUUCUGAGCUGGUGGAUGGAGUGAUGGCUGAAGCCCUUGAAAGCAUGAGUGCAGAUGCCUUCCAGACGGAAUUCGAAGGCCUGACGAGCUUCGGAACACUCUUUGGCGAAGCCUUGAAGACGGCAGACACCUUCGCGUGCGUGGCUGUCACUUGUGUGGUCAUCGCGUUGCUUUACAUGGUCCUCUUGCGCUUUCUGGUUGGGACCUGCGUUUGGCUGGCCCUGUUUGCAGUGCUGGUUCUCUUCCUCUUCGGGGGUGGUUUGUUGAUCGCCCGAUCCAGUCAAUGUCAGGGGGCGGAACUCUUUGACACCGGUUUCCAGAUGGCCGUGGCCACUACCACGUAUUUGGCCAGCAGCGCCACCAACGCUGUGAACCAAGCCGUUGAUCCGAACAGCUAUGAGGUGCUGAGUGAAGAACUGCUCGGUGAUGGUGGCAAUGGCAAUUAUACAGGAGCUCAAACUCGCACAGUUGAUGGAUACUCUUGUAUUAAUUGGGGCACCAACGGCACCGAUGCCGAGAACUACACGCAGGCCGCUUACCCCAAUUCCAACCUGACCGAGAACUACUGUCGCAACCCAUACCUCACCGGUGCCUCCGCAGAUACCAAGGCGGCGACGAUUUGGUGUUUUACCUCGGAUAGCGAGGUCACGUGGCAAGAGUGUCAACCCAUUGGCGUUUUGCGCCCCGCCUGCCGCAAUGGCUUUGCUGUCCCUGAUGAGACCGUUCGACAAAUCCUGGAGUAUGCGGCCUACACGAGUUGGGUGAUCGGUGCAUUGUACCUGUUUUUGAUCCUUUGCUUCUGCAGCCGCAUUCGCGAAGCCAUCGCCAUCAACAAAGUGGCCGCCAUCUUCGUCGCAGGCAACCCCACGCUGCUGCUGGUGCCGUUGAUUCAGGCCGUCCUGGCGGUUCUCUGGGUGGGCAGCUGGGUCUUUUUCGCCUCCUUCCUGCUGUCGCAAGUGCCCGAAGAUUACACGCCCUCAGGAACUUUCGCGACGUAUGCGGAGGCCUAUGGCACAGCGACCACGCCGGGCCAAUGCACUGACAAAUGGCCCACAGGCUUUACAUACAAGGACGAUGACAACUGCGAGAUCGUGAACGGCACGGCGCAGUGUUGGAGGUGUGCGCAGCCGCGCUACGCAUUCGACUAUCGCUUUGCCGCCUCAUUUUUUAUGUUGCUCUGGAACAACGCCUUCAACAUCGCCUGUGGUCAAUUCAUCGUUGCCGGUGCUGCAGCAGCGUGGUUCUUUACUCCCAAUUCGGAGAAAGGCCGAAGAGGAUCUACUCGACAGGCAGUAUGGUGGGCCGUACGCUAUCAUUUGGGUUCGCUGGCCUUUGGUUCUUUCAUCAUUGCCGUGGUGGCAUUCAUCAGAUAUUGCUUGCUCUACUUGCAAAAGCAGGCUGAAGCCCAGAAGAACCGCGUGAUGGUGAUGAUCUUGAGGAUUACUCGUUGCUGUCUCUGGUGCUUGGAAAACUUCCUGAAGUUCAUCAACAAGAAUGCAUACAUCCAGAUUGCCAUCAAUGGCCACAACUUCUGCACUGCCGCCAAGAAGGCGUUCUUUCUGAUCCUCAACAAUGCUCUACGCUUUGGCGCGGUGGCAUUAUUGGGAUCCGUUAUCAACUUCGUAGGGUAUGUUUUCAUCAUUGCUGCAACGGUGGGUCUUGGCUAUUUGUACUUGCUGGGCAUGCACCCUGAAGCUUUGCCAAUCUUUCCCAUCAUCUCAUACGUGGUCUGUGGCUAUGUGGUCUCCCGCCUGACGCUGAACGUCUUUGGAUUGGCAGUUUCGACCUUUCAGCAGUGCUUCCUGUUGUGCGAGGAAGAAAAGGACAAGAUCGAAGGCAGACGAUGCUGCAAGUUGUUGGAAUGGAAUGAGAUCAGGUUGUACGAUGAUGAUGAUAUAUAUAUAUAUAUCUAUCUAUAUUAUAAUAAUAAUAAUAAUCAUAAUAAUAAUAACAAUAAUAAUAAUAUAUGGAGGUGUCCUAAACUGGAGGUACCCCAAAUCAUCUAUAUGUUAUAUUUGGAUUUUCCAUCAUACACCUAA